CAAAUAGAAUCAUUCAUCAACAUCAGGCAACUACUUGCUCUGGAUGUUGUUAACAAAAUUUUUAUUUACUUUUUACCGCCACCUAGUAUAGUCAUAGUGAAACUGUGGAAUGUGUAGUGCGAUGAACCAUGCAACCAGAAAUUCGUUCAACUAGUCACUGAAAGAUGGCACUGCCGUCUCCGUUACGGCAAAGAAAAUUAACUUGGAUCGUUGAAAUCGGCGAAUAUCCGCCAUACAGGACGGGGCCAUAUGAGGAACAUCUGAACUAUAGCAAAAACGAGAGGGAGGACGUACAAAAGAAAACGUUCGCAAAAUGGAUCAACUCACAACUAGCCAAAAAUGGAAAGCCACCAGUCGACGACCUGUUCCAAGAUCUGCGAGAUGGGGAGGUUUUACUUUCGCUCCUGGAGAUACUUACUGGACAACAAUUCAAACGCGAGCGCGGCCACAUGCGCGUGCACCACUUAAACAACGUGAACGCAGCGUUGCGUGCGCUUGCGGCGAGCGGCGUACGCCUCGUUAACAUUAGCAGCGGUGACAUAGUGGAUGCUAACCCUAAACUUAUACUAGGGCUAGUGUGGAGUAUAAUUCUUCAUUGGCAAGUGCACUACCACUUGAAGGAGCUGAUGUCUGAGCUGCAGCAGACGAACUUAGAGAAGACGCUGCUCUCCUGGUGCAGAAAUCAUACUGAGAGUUAUGCCGGCGUGAAUGUGACCAACUUUACAACUAGCUGGUCGGACGGGCUUGCUUUCAACGCGCUCCUACACCGCUGGAGGCCGCAUCUGUUCGACUUCGACACGCUCGUGGCAGAGAGCGAGACUAGACGACUCGAGCAUGCCUUCUCGCUCGCGCACACACACCUCGGUAUCGACCGUCUGUUAGACCCUGAAGAUGUGAACACCCCAAACCCUGACAAGAAAUCUAUAAUGAUGUACGUGAUGUGUCUGUUCCAAUCGUUGCCAACCCCUGACACACAGCCACUGACGGAGGCAGCGCUAGCAGCUAACAACGAGAGCGCGGGUGUAGGGUCGCGUCCGGUGUCAUGCGCGACCACUUGCUCCGUGGAGCUUGGUGCGUACGGCGCAGCGCUCGAGGACGCGCUCGCCGCCUUGUUGGACGGCGAAGAGCGGCUCGCGGCCGGCACGGACGAGCCGAGCGACGCGCCCGCCGAGCGGCUCGCCGAGCUUAAAGAGCGCUUCCAUACCCACGAGAAAUUCCUGUUGGAUCUUUCGGAGCAGCAGUGGCGGGUAGGCGCAGUGCUAGAGGAAGGUGCUAGACUCAUCCGAGACGCGGCGCUCACUAAAGAUGAGGCUAACGAGGUGCGACUGCAGAUGCGAUUGCUCAACUCCCGCUGGGAGGAGCUACGAGUGCGCGCUAUGGAGAGACAGAGUGAACUGCACGCCAAGCUGAUGAAAGCUCAGCAUACGCAUCUAGAUAACUUCCGUGAAUGGCUUACAAAGACUGAAGACCGCAUGUCGCGUAUGGAAACAGCGCAACAAAGUGCGGGCGAGGCGCUUGAAGCGGCGCAGCAGUUGCACGCAGAAUUACGAACACAACAACCGCUUGUCGACGCGCUCGCAGACUGCGUCGUUGUCGUCGACGAUGAAAUGGAACACGAUACAAGUGUGACCGAGAUAGAGGACCAGCUCCGUGCGUUGGGCGAGCGUUGGUCGCACGCGUGCCAGUGGAUCGUGCAGCGGUUGCAGCGCUUGCAAGGGCUUCAAGCGCUGCACGAGCGAGGCGCGCAGCUGAAGAGCGACGCAGAUACGCUGGAGACCGAACUUAAACAGAUGGAAACGUAUCCGGUCAGUGAGAUUGGCGAAGUACUAGAGCGUAUCAGUCAACUACAGCGCUGCAAGCAUUCAAUAAGCGUGCAACGUUCAGCCAUAGCAGAGCACUUGCAGCGGCUGCCAGCGCUUGAGGAGGCUUCGUUCAGUGAGGCGGCGGAGGAGCUCAAUGAUCGACUGGACGCGCUUGAGAUGAUACUCUUGGUGCAAGUUGAUAGGAUUAAGGAAUUAGGAUUCGAGGUUGACAUGAACUCGGACGCACAGUCGGACACAUCGACCGUCACCACAACGUUGACGCUACACGCCAGUAAGAAGCCGCGGCUCAGCGCUCCGGACUUCCAGGUCGGGUACAAGGUGUUCGAGGACUGGGCGGACAACACUGAGCGAGUGCUGCAAGAGUGCAUGAACAAAUUGGAAAGUUCUGGAAGGAGUGAAGAGUUGAUACAGGUAGUCCAGAGAGUUCAGAAAGAGAGUUCGUCCCAGGCGACGGACUUUGCGCACGUCGAGGAGAUACAACGACGACUGGGGGCGCAGCGAGAACUUGCAGAAGAGGCCAAAAUGCACGCAGAUAAUAUAGACAAACUGAAACGGCGCUGGGAGGGAAUCCAGAAGUCCCUACUCGACAUACGAAACAUGAUGAAUCUUCUAGAAGAUAAAGAGAAUUUCUACAAAAACCUUGAAGUGAUUCAGAACGAGAUCAACGAAAAACACGCGUGGAAGGAUAAAAUGUUGACAGACAGACCGACAAACAACCAGCUGAUACAUCUGAGGAAUAAAAUCCGAUCGAUGCGACAGUAUGAGGUUAGAUUGAAGGAGUUGAAUGCUCAGUCGAUAAUUCUACUGACGAAGGCGUUGCCCAAGUCGCAUAAGGACGAGAUCGAAGCCGAUACGAAACGAAUUAACGAUGCUUUUGAUGAGUUGUUCACUCAUCUUAGCAAGAGAGAAGUGGAAAUAAAAUUGGCGCUAAAUAAGAAGCCACUGGAAUAUCACGAGGACGAGUACAGCAACGUGAAGCGCCGGAUAGAGGAGAUGCAGAGCGGGCUGAUAUCCGAGCACGCUAUGCUCUCCACCAGCGACGUGGUGGAGAAGAAAUUGGCUGAGCUGUAUAAGAUGAAGAGCGACUUCGACGGUCUUCAAACAUCGUACGACAACGCAAUAAGAGACCGCAAGCAAAACUACGAGAGAGGCAGCGUUGAGGAGUUGAAUAUGAGGAGCAGCGUAGAGAACCUCGUUACCAGAUUCCACGACUCCAGAGCUAUCUUGGCACAGAAAAUAAGCAAGCUGGAAAAAGGAAAGGAAUUGUUGGAAUCGUUCGAAAGCAAGAUGAGAGAAGUGAAUAAAUACGUGGAAAGAGUGGAGGAAUUUGUAAAGAGUCACACGGCAUUGCCCCACGGUGACGUCACGGAGCUGGAGAAACUGGUGAUUGAGAGCAACAACCUUGACGAGGCGAAAAAGAAUUACAAAACCGAAAUCGAAACAAUCGUACGCAUAAGAGACGAGAUACUCGAAGACUGCGACGACGCGCUCGCUAAAACCAUCAAAAACGACGUGAAAGACCUGCAAAAGAGGUUCGAAAUAACGAACGAAUCGUUCAAACUGAACGAGAGUUUGCGUCGUUCCUUGGAAAAGAGCGAGAACGUUUUUAGACGGAUCGCAGAAAUUGAAAAGUGGCUGGAAGUAAUAGAGAAUGAGAUACCUAAGGAAGACGAAUGUGCUAUCCGUGAUUCCGGUGAGCUGUAUCAGAUGAAGACCAGAUUUCAAACGCUUAAAGACAAGUGUGAUGAAAAGACGACGGAGUUCAGGAGUUUGAAUGAAGCUGGUAACGACAUUCUGCUAGCGGCGGAGCAGGGAGCCGGUGGAGUGGCCCGAAGAUUGACACACCUCAACGCACUGUGGACCAGAGUGACACACUGCAUUUAUGAGAGAUACAAGGUGCUGGCUGAAGCGUGGCACGAGUCAGGAGAGCUGCGAGCGUGGCUGGCGACACACGCCGCCUGGCUCGACGGGCUCCAGCGACGUGUGCGGGCCUCGCUCGACCGGCGCGCCGACGCCGAGGAGAUCGCUGACCAGCUCUAUGACUUGGAGAACUACAUGGCCAACUACAGCACAGAGCGUGUGGAGCGAAUCGAGGCCAUCGGGCGACAGCUGAUCGAGGCGCACAUUAUGCCGCAGUGGAUCCAGGCUGAGAUUGACAACAUCGCGCACAGGUUCAACGACCUCAACGAACAGGCGCAGGGUCGUAUUCGCGAGCUGGAAGCAGCCGCCAAGGAGGCCGCUCGCUCGGAGGUCUACAUCGACAACAUCCACCAGUGGAUACUGCAGCUGAAGACACGGGAACGAAGUAGGGACCUUCCAGACGAAAAACAGUUAACAUCCGAGUGGGAGAGUCAGAGAGCAGUUCUGCGUACAGUUGAGGAGCAGGUGAAGAGCUAUCGAUCUGGCGGCAACCAGGAGGCAGCGGACAGACUCGGCGAGCAGCUGCAACUGGCUGAGCGCAAACUUGAUGAGGUGAGAGAGCAAUACCUGACUAAAAGAGAUGCCGGCAACGAGCAGCAACAAGACCAGUCGGAGCAACGUAUUGAGAUUCGUUUGCAACGCGCGCAUGACUCAUUGCUAGAGGUACAAAAGGAGUCGUCCCAGUUGGCGCUACUGGAUGCAGAACCAGACACUGUGCGCGCUCAUCUGAGAAGAUGCCUGAGAUUCUACCGUACGCUCAGUGAAAUAAAAUCCGAAGUAGAAUCUAUAAUAAAAUCAGGCAGAAAAAUGGUAGAGGAGAAAACUGUGCCGGAACCGCAAGAGUUUUCGAAAAAAAUAGACUCUUUGAAGGAAUUAUACAACAAACUCGGUGCACAUGUUACUGAAUCUAAGAGCAGACUUGAAACAGCGCUGCUGACAGCCCGAGAAAUUCAAAACGAUCUACAGUCCCUUAUGUCAUGGCUGCAAGGCUUGGGUAAUGUCGGUAAACAAACCCUGGAACUAGAAAUGUCACGCAUGGAAGCCAUCAAAGAUAAGCUGAAUGCGAAUUACGUCGAGUUCUCCAAGAUCUGUGAACCAAUGUACCUCGGGAAUCUCCGGGAACAGAUAGAUAAUAUAAAUGAAAGAUGGGAACAUUUGAAACGACACGGUCUAGGGAAGAAAGAAACAGAGUUAGAAGUGCUGCAGAGAUACUUAAAUGAUAUUGAUCAAGAGUUAGAAAGCCCUGAAACUAUGACUGUGGCAAAACUUAGGUUGCUCAAAACUGAGGUUCGAGCGAAAGCCAGCGAGGUCGACGCGAUGGAUAAUAAGGCACUAACUAAACAGUGGGAAAGAAUUGUUGAGAAGAUAACUGCCAAAGAGUCUAAUAACAACGCUGUUGUUGUUGAAUAUGAGAGUGUAACUGAUACAAUUAAGAGGCGUCUAGAGAGUCCCGUGAAUUCUCCAGAUACAGAAAAACCUGAGUUUAAAAAGUCCAAAAUACCACUAGCGUUAAAGAGCCCCAUGCCUAUUAAAAAAGAAAUUAAAGAAGGAGGCAUUCGAAGCAGGGGAUCUUCCUUGGAACGUCGAAAGAAGAAAGGGGACAGCCCUAUGUCGGAUAGUGUGACAAGUACAAUGUCGGUUGAUUCAAUUGAAGACUCAGCUUCCUUGCUAGGUUCAUUACCGUCAACUCCAGGGACACCUAGAAAAGACAGUAGCACUUUUAAUUUGUUAAAAGAUAGUGAUUUGUUUACUCAAAUUUCUAAAAAUAAAAUAGUACCGAAGACGGUGAAUCAUGAACAGGAAGUAUUGAGGAAAGAUUCGUGCCAAGUUGUUGCGGUAAAAGAACAUGAAAUAAUGAAAUCUAGAGUAAGUCCAACUGAACCAAUGGAAAUAUAUCCUUCUGAUACAGUUGAAACACUUGUCGAGUUCAUUCCACAAACUGUUGAAACUGUUGAAAUUUUCGAUGACACUGAAGAUGAAUCUGCAGAUGAUUCGGAGGGUGAUGAAUCUAUGUAUGACGACGAUUGCGACAGUAAGCGUUCUUCGAUUGACUUGGGAACUGAGCCCAAAACAUUUGUGGUUCAAGUAAAAACCCUUGACGCGAGAAUGAAACCAACACUUGGUAUCCUUAAACAUAGAAACGCCCCAGAAGAAAAGAAAAAAAAGGUGACAGUAGUUGAUAUUCCCGACUUAAUACCCACGAACGAUCUUAGUGACAACGAUGUAUCUAUGAAAACUCCACCGCCAACGCCAUUGGGUGACUCGGAAGUCUUAGAAUGUCCUCUAUUGUACGAUUUAGCGGUUCGACAAAAAUACGCUCAAAAAAGUUUAUUGAGGGAUGAAGUUAAUGAAUAUUUAAUUUUGGAUGAAGUACCGAAAGACCAAGCAUCUUUGCCGGAACCGUCUGCAACGGAAACUCUAGCAAGCGAUUCGAUUGAGGCAAUUCGAGACGAAAUUCCAUUAAAAAAGACUGGUGUUAGUAUAAGCGGUUCUGCUAUUGACCGGAUUCGUAGAAGGUCAAGUGGAAGUGGAACCGAGGAUGAGGUUAUAUAUUCCGAAGUAGAUGACAAGCCUCAGGUGCGGGUAUCAGCAUCGGACUUCGAUGAUAAAAAACCAACAGCCACAUCAACGCCGAUUAAGGACGAGAAGUCUAAGAAACAAGUGCAAGUUGUGGCGAUGUCUCCAAAACCUAACCAAGAAGUUGAUGACAAUCGAGACGAAGUUGUUCCGAAAUUAAAGUUAACUAUGAGUCCUCUUUUAUCAACUAAAUCUUAUAUACCUAUUAGUAAGGAAAAGAAACUUCAUAAUGAGAAAUAUCAGAGGACUGAUGAUAAUUCUCAGGUGUCAGAAAACAAUGAGCCCCCGGAAUCUCCAGACGCAUCUUCAACGAUCCGUUCACGUUUCGGUUCCGCUUGCGAUACUGAAGUGGAACAAUUUGAGAUUGCAGCGCAGAAGAUGGCUAGAAGGCUACACGUUAUGUUGCUGACAUUAGGUGGUGUUGCUAGUGAGCGAGAUCCUGCUAAGAGGUUGGAGAUACUUAAAAACCAACUAGGAGCUAUAGCCCCCGAUGCGGCUGCACUGAUAUCUCGCGGCGACAGCCUCGUAUACGCAAAACAUAAGGAAAACCCACAAAUGGCGGAAUACCUUCAAACCCAUUUCCAAGACAAGCUCCGUAAUAAAUGGUCUAUGGUCAUGUCCGAGAUUGAAUCCAAGCGAAACGCAGCCAUCAAGGCUGAAGAUGACGUCAAAGAGUUGACAGGCCUGAUCGAGAAGCUCCAGAAAUGGGUGAAGGAGUAUAAGAGUGGAGAUGUAGUUGACGGGGAGAAUGAUUGUGAGAGAAUACAGGAGUUGGUGAGGGAGUUGAAAGCCCAGAGAGUUGCGUAUCCGGAGCGGGCGGCCGCGGAUGUUUGUACGGCGUUCAAUUGCGUGCGCGAUGCGUACGACGCGGCACUACCGAAGAAAGAUAAGAAAGGAAAGGAUACUGAAGGCAACGAAGCAGUAACACGUAUAAAUCGUGCCCGCGAAGCAGUAGCGAGUGUAAUGACCGCGUUGCGCUCCCAUCCACUUAAUGGACGCGAUUACGACGACUUUCCCAUGCAAGAAGACGCUUUGUCACGGAUAAAGUCGUCAAUGUCAGAAGCCGGUGUCGCGGUGGAAGAAGCGGAGAACUCGCGACGUCGCGCCAGUUCCGAGCGAGUGAAGCGUGUAGCUGACAAGCUGAGAGACGAGUGGAGCAGCUUACAAACAGCGUACGCGGACAGACACCAGAGAUGGAGUUCGUGCCAGACAAAUUGGGCGGCGCUAUACGCUGCGCUAGAGCGAGAUGGCGAGAGCCUCGACUCGUUAGAGGGAGACAUCGAUACGAUGGACAAACAGGAUGUAAAGCUCUUGAACGAGUUCCAAGAGAAGUUGUCGGAAGUGGAACGCAAUGUUCGAGACACCGUAAAUGCGGGCGCGGCCGUAGUGCGUGCGUGCGGAGGAGCUCUAGCCCGUGACGUGCUCGAACAGUUGGACGCGCUUAGAGACAGACUCGCUGCACUUACAGACAGGGUGCGGCAGUUUGAGCGCGUGGCGGCGGCAGAACGUGCCUUGGCCAACGUGCGUGAGUUGCUUCUGACGACGGCUGCCAACCCAUCCGACAGAACCAGUCUCGCCGUGCGCCUCACGCUGGUCACUGCUCGCGAAGAGGAGUUGAGUGCUAGUGCAAGAGACGCGGAAGAGCUGCUUCGUGGCCAGACAAAGAACGCCGACUACAUCAAGAACAUACGCGACGAGCUGCAACAGGCUCAGGCAAGUUUAUCCGCCCACGGAGAGUACGUGCGAAGUAAGUUAGCUGCGCUGAGCAAGUACACGAGCCGACUGGAAGAGGCCUUAUCCUGGGCGAUGGAGACCAGGGCGCGUCUGGCCUUGCCCUCGGCCUUGUCAACGACCACUGACUUUGUUUCACCGGUGAAAGAGAAGGAGACGGAGAUACGCGAAGUGAUAGAGAACUACAACAACAUUGAGCGAGAAUGCGUCGCCGCGAAGCAGACGGUGUCGCCAGAGGUGCGCGAGCGAGUACUGAAGUUGAAGGAGGACUGGGGCUUCAUAAGGAACGCCUGCGAGAGAGAGACGAGCAGAGCGUCACCGGUUAAGAGAGAAGAGGACAGAAAAUCGGAGAGUCCAGUCACGGAGUGGGGCGCGCGGGCGAGUUCGCGGCGCCGCUCGUCGCAGAACUCCCCCGCGGCGCUGAUCGCGAACUUCGACACCAGCGUGCUGCAGAUUCGUGACUGGGUGUCGGUCGAGGUGGACAUGCUGCGGGCUCAGCCGGUCGUCGUAGGCGACGUCGAUGAAAUACUGCAACAGCUGGACAAGCAGAAGGGUGUGUUACGUGAGCUAGAACAAAAGAAACCCCAGUUGGAUGAACUGCUGCAGACUGCUGAGAGCCUUAAAGGAACCGAGAAUCGACAGCAGCUUCAUGGAAAAGCUACAUCCGGAUUUCCGGUUUCAAAGACAAGCGCUCACUUUUUAUACUUGCGAUCACUACUUAAAGUCACAGCGUUACGGGAGCACUGGGAUGAAGCGAACGCUCGCGUGCUUCAACGUAAGGCACAGCUGGAUGCCAUGUUGGGAGACUCUCAGCGGUACGAGGCGAGGCGCAGAGAUGCAGACGCCUGGCUCUCUCGGAUGGAGAGCAGACUGGCCACGAUGACAGCACCCGGACACACCGCCGAUGUGCUCGAAAUGCAACUGCGUGAACAGAAGUCGUUCCAUGCGGAGGUACACCAAUACAAGCAUCAGGUGGAACUGUUUGGCCAGCUGACUCAGCGGUUAAUAGCUGUGUACCGCAACGAUGACACGACGAGAAUCAAACGGGCGACCGAAGCAAUAAACCAUCGAUAUAAUGAACUAAAUAAUAGUAUUAUUGCACGAGGCAAAGCACUUCAUUCAGCAGUUUCAUCGCUGCAAAACUUUGAUCGUUCAUUGGAGAAAUUCGUCGCAUGGCUGAGUGAAGCGGAAUCGUUGCUGGAUGCGGCUGAAAGGGAUCCACAUCUACUCAAGGAUCUCCAAUCCGAGAUCGAAACGCAUCGAGAUGUGUACGCCUCUCUCACUGGUACCGGCAGGCGGCUGCUGGGAUCCCUGUCGUCACAGGAAGAUGCUGUCAUGCUGCAGAGGAGACUGGAUGAGAUGAACCAAAGAUGGCACCAUCUCAAAGCAAAGAGCAUGGCGAUCAGAAACAGGCUAGAAAGCAACGCAGAACACUGGUCAGCUCUCCUGCUCUCUCUUAGGGAGCUCACCGAAUGGGUGAUAAGGAAGGACACAGAACUGAAUGCCCUAGCGCCGCCCAGGGGAGAUCUUACUGCAUUGACAAAACAACAAGAUGACCAUAGAGCGUUUAGAAGACAGUUGGAAGACAAGCGCCCUGUAGUGGAGAGUAACCUUCUGAGCGGAAGACAAUACGUCGCCAAUGAACCACCACUCUCGGAUACCAGCGAUACAGAACCGAGCCGUGAAAGCGAAGGUGACUCUCGAGGAUAUCGUUCUGCUGAGGAGCAGGCUCGAGAACUGGCCAGGUCGAUACGCCGGGAGGUUGCAAAGUUGGCCGACAAGUGGAAUUCCCUGGUCGACCGCAGCGACGCCUGGGGGAGAUGCCUGGAUGAUACUGUACAGCGAGUUCGCAGCUUCACGACAGCGCUCGAUGACUUGACAUCCCGAGUGCAGGCUGCAGAGGCUGCGAGGGCCACAUGGCGAGCCCCCGGAGACGCAAGAGAUGCGCGUGCGCAACUGGACGCGGUGUCCCGUGCGCGUGCGCAGGUACCGCCCCUCAGGAGGCAGGUGGACGAGCUGCGCGGGCAAGCGCAGGCGAUGACGCGGGAUAACGUGCAGCUGCCCGAACAUGUUGUUGCUAGAUUGGAUGACCUGAAUUCAAGGAUAACGGCAUUGAAUUCUGGUGGUGAGGAGCGAGCGCGGCAGCUGGCAGGAGUGGCUCGUGAUGGCGGCGCUGGUGCUGCCCAGAGUUUCCUGGCAGGGUCGGUCCGUCCACCCUGGGAGAGAGCAGUGACACCUGCUAACGUUCCAUAUUAUAUCAACCACGAGUUGGAGACCACACAUUGGGACCAUCCUAAAAUGAUCGAACUAAUGAAUUCCUUGGCUGACCUGAACGAGGUGCGCUUCUCAGCGUACAGAACUGCACUGAAGCUAAGGACAGUGCAAAAAGCCUUGUGUAUGCAUAUGUUACAACUACCCGCAACUCUGGAAGCGUUCGAUUGCCACGGCCUGCGCGCGCAGAAUGACAGACUCAUCGACAUUCCAGACAUGAUCACAGUGCUGACGUCUCUAUACGAGGUGAUUGCUGCGGAGAAUCCAAGUCUAGUAAACGUUCCUCUUUGCCUGGAUCUGUCGAUUAACUGGUUGCUCAACGUGUACGACAGCCAGCGGACCGGGCAGAUCCGGGUAUUGAGCUUCAAGGUCGGCCUGGUGUUGCUGUGUAAAGGGCAUUUGGAGGAGAAGUAUAGGUAUUUAUUCCGUCUGAUAGCAGACCCAUCUUGCCGAGCUGACCAAAGGAAGUUGGGUCUCUUGCUGCACGAUUGUAUACAGGUGCCCCGACAGUUGGGCGAAGUGGCUGCUUUCGGUGGUUCAAACAUCGAGCCUUCUGUGAGGAGUUGCUUCGAACAAGCCUCAGUUGCUACCAAAGAAGGGAACAAAGGAAGCACCCUCGAUAGGAAGAUAGUGGAAAAAGAGAAAGAAAAAGAAGAUAAGGAGAAGACGCUAGAGCGGGACGCAGACGGACAGCUUCAGUACAUCGAGGCGUUCCACUUCCUCCAGUGGUUGCAGAAGGAACCGCAAUCCAUGGUUUGGUUGCCGGUCUUACAUAGACUGGCUGCAGCGGAGACAGCUAAGCAUCAGGCCAAGUGUAAUAUAUGCAAGGAGUAUCCCAUUGUUGGAUUUAGGUACCGCUGCUUGAAAUGUUUCAACUUCGAUAUGUGCCAGAAAUGCUUCUUUAGCGGCAGGAAGGCGAAGAACCACAAGUUGACACAUCCCAUGCAGGAAUACUGUACUGCGACAACAUCCGGUGAAGAUGUGCGUGACUUCACGAGAGCUCUUCGCAACAAGUUCAAAUCCGCCAGAUACUUCAAGAAGCAUCCCAGGGUCGGCUAUCUGCCCGUCCAGACUGUUUUAGAAGGUGACGCCCUAGAGUCUCCGGCGCCUUCUCCACAGCACGGUGCAACAACCACAGCAGACGAUAUGCACUCCCGUCUGGAGCUGUAUGCGUCCCGGUUGGCUCAGGUGGAGCUCGGAAACCGCGCCGGCGAUACUCCAGACAGUGAUGAGGAACACCAACUGAUAGCACAAUACUGUGCUUCUCUGAACGGCGGCGGAGUGGAUGGAGAGGGCGAGGAAGCCCCCCGCUCCCCCGUGCAGGUCGUCUCCAUCAUUCACCGCGAGCAGAGGCAUGAGCUGGAGGCUAUGAUCAGAGAACUGGAAGAAGAGAAUGCUAGUCUGCAGGCCGAGUACGAACGUCUGAAGGCGAAGCAGACGCCAGGUUCCACGCCAGAGGAACAACUUUCUGUUAACGAGAGCAGGAACGCUCCAGUUGAUCAGGAUAUGAUGGCGGAGGCUCGUCUAUUGCGCCAACACAAGGGUCGUCUGGAAGCUCGCAUGCAAAUUCUGGAGGAACAUAAUAGACAACUAGAAGCUCAGCUGCAAAGACUUCGUAGCCUGCUUGAUGAGCCAAGCCAAGGCUCACCAGCUGGUCGCACGGGAACUCUCCAGACCCGUUCGGUAACAGCGUCCCAGCUCGCAACAGACUCUCCGGCUAAGAUGCACAACGGAUUGUAUCAUGAUGGACAUACCAAUGGCGGACGCAGCGAGAGGGAGCGCCAGGGGGAGCGCCCCCCGCCGCCGCCGCACGUGAUACACUCUCUCAUGCACUGCGCAGAUGACCUUGGUAAAGCUGUAGAAGAAUUGGUGUCUGUAAUGACUGAGGAUCAACACAACUCCAACGCACCUCCACAAUACACAAACGGGAAACCCGAAGAAAAGCAUUAGUCUCCCAUAUCGAAUAAAACGAGCUAUGGUGCUGGCAUCAGUCCGCCUCGAAACCGGCACUUUUUUCCGUUAUGGCAACACAGUUGGGCUUUGGACCAAAGAUGCUUAACCUCUUCAUAUCCCAAAUAUACUCCCACUAAUUUUCGACUCAUCACUAACAAAACCUGCACAAACUAAACCUUAUACAAAAGCUAACUUCAUAUUUCACUUACGAACCGAACGCACUUGACUUCAUGUGCACGGGAAUUCGAUCCUUAUCGGAUUGAACCCAUGUGUCGAUCAGUGUCUACGCUCGGUCGAUGAGAGAUGGUUCGUUAAAACGAUAAUCGUAUGCAACGCUUAUUGUAUAAAUAAGGGUAUUUUGUUGCAGUACGUAUCGUGAAUGAGUCAUUGUUUCUUUAUUUCUUUUUCUAAUAACCAACAGGGUUGCCAGAGCGAUACAACGAAAAAGACAUUCUUUAAGCAUUUAUACUUAUUUUAAAAAGCGUACCAAUUAUAUAUUAUCAUAUCUUGGUAUUAUUAAUCUAUUAAGUACAUAUCCAUUAGUACAAUCUCCAUUGUAUGUCAUAUCACUUGUAAAUGCCAUAUCAUUUUGCUGUUAUAACGUUAUAACGUGAAACGAAACGCAAACAUCGAUUUGGCGGGAAAUUUUCUAAUUUCGAAUGCUAAUUCGACAUAUUAUGAGCUAAGCUUUAAUAUAAUCACAAUUUAGCUUUAAAUAACCUGAUUUUGAGAUAUUUUAAAGGAAAACCCAUGAGGUUGCAGGUAUAAGCCGGCGUUCUAGUGGUAUUGUUAAAUCCAGUUUCAACGUACAAUAUUAUGCCGUCUUGAAUGGCAGUAGUUAUUGAAUUCGUUAAAAGUUUUUGCAGUAGUUUUAGAUGUAGCCAAAUAAAUAUGGGGCAUGUUAAUGCGCGCAUAUGUUAUCGUAUAUUUAAAAAUGUAUUUAGAUGAUGAUAUGUUAAUCCAAAUUAUGAACUAGAAGAUUCCUUUUCUGUGAUUGACAUCAGUAGGAAAGUCUUCGUAGAUAUCAGAAUAUGUAACCGAAUCCUUUCUUCUAACGAUAUACCUUCCUAGAUUGAGACCUGUAUCUCAAAUUAUUGUAUUCAGACUUUUGUAACGUGUGUAGCUAUGUUAAGAUGGCGCCUACCUUUUAGAUAAGAUUAUAUUAUUGGAGAGAUGACUUUUAUACGAAUGUUAAGUGACUGUUGAAAUAAUUUUACAAUUAGGACUUCCGAUGGAACUUAACGUCUUCAUUUUGUAAUAACUUAUAACAUUUGAUCAUGUCACAGAGAAUACUAAUUGUAUUUUAAUAUUCUUUAUAGGUGAACUGGUAGCGAUUUUUUUUUAAAUAUUUAUUACGGCCAUUUGGGUGUAAGCUAAUCUAAAAAUAAGCUACAUUAUUACUAAGUUAAUUAUUAUUAUAUUAAAAUAAAACUGAAAAUCAUCAAUAACAUUAACUAUUUGCAUACGUUUUACAUUAUUUCAUUCAUUUGUCUUUCUAAUGUCUUCAGCAAAUUUGUCGUGUGACGAAAUGAUAAUUCGAUUAUUUGAGAAUAUUUAUAUUUAGGUCCAGACACAAGAGAAUCGCUACCAUUUUCAAUUUUAGUUAAUUUUUUAUGAUUUAUUGCGCCAAAUAAAUCAGACUCAUUGUUUCUUAGCAACUUAUUUUUUGUUUAACUUUACGAAAUUUUAGUAUUUUAUUUUUGGCUAAUAUUUACUUAGGUUUUAAGAAAACGAAAAGCACAAUUUAUUAUUAUGUAUGUUAAAAUGAAGAAUAUAAUAAAAUUUACACUAAUAUUAUAUUGUUAAUAAUUUUAUUUGUUUAACAUAGGUUUAUUAAUUUUUCGAAUCUAAUGUUAUAUAACAUUUGGCAUGUAUUUACUUAAAAUAUCUUUCGUAAUUAUUUGUAUAUUAAUAUACUGUGUUUAUCAUUUUUAGAAGUUAAAUCCAAAUAAACAUUCUGCAUAGAGA